GUUUUGAAAAAGAGCUGUCGAUUGGUGGGGUUGUUAUGUCUUGCAGCUACUAAGCCAACUGUAACAACCCUUCCUGCUCGCGUUAGUGGAGCAUGACGACGACUUUGAAGAAACGCGAGACAAAUCGAGACUGCAGAAAAUAAAGGAAAAUAAUAGUCAGAGAAGCCAAUUGCCUUGGCAGCUUGACUGGCCAUAACAUCAAAAAACCAAGAAGAGAGAAAAUGCUCAACUUAUGCGGAAUUGACCAUGCUUCGUUCUCAGCUAUAAUUAUGAAAGGAAGAUGGUGCGAAGAAGCUUUGCCAAUAACCCUAUAUACCCUCGGAGACGCGCACAGACCACCCUCCAAUCCACUUCACCCCUUCAACGCGUCAACCAGUCAGCAUCCUCGCCCGCCCCCGCCGCCGCCCUUCAGCCCUAUCCAGCUAGCUACCAGCUCAUCAGGGUCGCACGAGACGUAACUGCCGCAACCAGCCAGCUUAACUCUAUAUCUAUAUCCUCGUCUCCAUGGCCAUACUACCCCACGGCCAGACGAACCCGCGUCAGAUAGUUACACGCACGCCUCUCCCACAGCAUUUCUUGUCUGAACUACACUCCCAGCGCCAGUGAGAACAACCCAGCCGGGCACGCGACACCUCAGCCUCGUCGCCAACAUCAUAAACCAUCACAUCACAAACCACAAACCACAACCACCAAAAUGGCAACCCCCUCCGACCCCCCCUCCCGCCGCACCCUCACCACCGCCGAAUCCUCCCAAUUCCGCCGUCCCCGCCUCGCCUCCCUCCCCGAGUCUUCAUCCCCCCCACCAGCGCGCCCUCCCCGUUCGCGCUCCCCCUCCCCCCUCUCCGACAGCCCCUACCCCCCCGCCCCCCGGCGUCGCAGCUCCCUAAUAUCAAUCGAUUCUCUCUCCUCCCUCUCCUCCGCGCGGCGGGCGUUACAUUCCGACUCCGCGUCGCUGCUGCACCCGCCGCCGGUGGAUGCGCAUGAUGGGUUGUCUGCGUGGCAUAGUUUGCCGCUUGCGUUUGCGUUGUUGCCGGCGUUGGGGGGGUUGAUGUUUAAAGAUGGGAGUAGGUUUGUUAGUGAUGUGCUUUUGUUGGGGUUGGCGGGGGUGUUUUUGAAUUGGAGUGUUAGGUUGCCUUGGGACUGGUACCGCUCCGCCCAAGAAAUCCGCACCACCUCUCCCAGCGGCACCCCUCUCCCCCCCGUAACCAAGUCCGAUACACCCCGUUCCCCCCAACACGCCCGCGAAAUCGCAACCUACACCUCCGCCACGCAGGAACUCCGCACCCACGAGCUCCUCGCCCUCCUCUCCUGCGUCACCUUCCCCCUCCUCGCCGCCGGGCUCCUCCACAUCCUGCGCGCCUCGCUAAGAGCGGAUGUAUCAGGUUUAGUGUCUGAUUUUAAUAUCGUGGUGUUCAUGUUAGCUGCUGAGAUUAGGCCAGUGGGGCAGUUAUUGAGGUUGGUGAGGGCGCGGACGUUGUGGUUGCAGAGGGUUGUGAGGGUUGAUCCGCGCACGGGGAUCGAUGAGCGGCAGGAUGGGGAGAUUGAAACGCUCCGCCAGCGCGUGGAUGCUCUCGAACAACAGCAGGGAUCCGCAGCGACGGCAGGGGAGGGGGAAGAAGAGGUACUAGCGAGGGUUAGGGAGGAGGUGAAGAGAGCGACGAGACAGGAAGUCGAGGCGCUUAGUAGGGCCGUGAGGAGGUAUGAGAAGAGGGCUGGGGUGUUGGCGGGACGGGUGGAGGGACGGUUGGGGGAGCUGGAGGGGAGGGUGGGGGAGGUGGGGAGGAGGUCUGCGCCGGAUGCGCGGUCGACGAGGUUGGUGGUGGAGUCGCGCGGGGAGAAGGCGGAGAUGUCGAGGAGGGGUGCGGGGAUGGGGGAAUCUGCUUCAGAGGGUGCGACGGGGGCGGGGGAGGCGAGUGUGAGGAGGGGGAGGAGGAGGAGGGUUGUGAGGGCGGUGAAUUUCAUCUCGACAGCUUGA